GUGUUUUUUACUCACCAAUUUCAUAUUUUAAGGAACGAAGGAUAAAUUACUCCACAAUGUAGCAGGUUUUUCUAGCAAGCCAUAUUUCUACUGAGCGUUCACUUCCUGCGUUCGCUCUCUGCUGCCCCCUGGAGGCUGGGAGGUCACAUAAACAGAAGUCGAGCCCAUCAAGGUUACAUAAACUUGUUAAAAAUUAGCUAAUAUAUUUAUGUAAGGUUAAUUAUUACAAUGGUUGGACAUAAAGAGGUAACUAAUUUUAAAAAUAUAUUUAUAAAAUACUAUUUUGAUGGAGACGCCUGUGAGAGAGUGAACUCAAUUAUUGCAGAACCCCCUAUGAUACAAUAAGUAACCGUGAUUACUCUAACUGGGUGAGUCGGUUCUGUUCUGUUCAUUUAGAGAGGAAAAAUCGGAGUCACGCCUCGGUUGGGUAAGGUUUUGCCCACGGCAGAGGCGGAGCGACGGCGUGUGGAUGGUGCAACAGCCGCACAGCGAUCAGCCCCGUCACAUGCUAACAGCUGCGGGAUGUCAUGAACCGGUCAGGACGCUCGCGGGUGACUCAGACUGGCACAUCAUGAUAAACAACGCCGGAAUGCUACGAAACUGACGCCUUAGGACAGUGUGAGUCAACCCGCGUCUGGACUAGUAAAAACUCGAACAUUUUGGUUUCGCCCAGUUUUUGAGACGUCGAUGUUUCCUCUCGGAGGUGUCGCCGUUAAGAGAUUUUACGAGUGGGUCAGGACAGGCACAGAGCAGAGGAAGAGGCACUCGCUGUGGCUCUUUGCCAUGGGGCACUCGUGCAGUAACUUUGGGAUCCCUGCAGGGAAGGGGCCCAACCCUGUGGGAUGCACUGAUUUCAUGAUGGACCACACUAUAAAGGGCUCCUUCUUCAGGCUCUACUACCCUUGCCAGGAGACAGAAAAGGCAGAAAAACCGGACUGGGUCCCGUGUAAGGAGUAUUUCAACGGCCUGGCGGACUUCAUGAAAAUCAACAGGAGUCUCAGUGAACACAUUUUUAAAUACCUCUUUGGGUCCUAUAAGAUCCCGGCCUUCUUGGACGCUCCGUAUAAACCGGACGGAAAGCGUCCGGUCAUUAUCUUCUCCCAUGGCCUCGGAGCCUUCAGGACGUUGUAUUCAGCUAUCUGUGCAGAACUGGCCUCUCAGGGCUUCAUCGUGGCCUCUGUGGAGCACAGAGACCAAUCAGCCUCGGCUACAUACUUCUUUCGUGAGAAGACGGAGUCUGAAAAGGCAAAAGAGAAGUCGUCGAAAACCUCUGCUUCCACCGACAAUACCCUCGUAGAGGAGUGGAUGUACUACAGAGCCCUGCAGCACGGAGAAAGAGAAUUUCCCCUCAGAAACUCACAGGUGAAACUAAGAGCUGAUGAAUGCAUCCAAGCUUUGAAUAAACUCUUUGAGGUCAACUCGGGAGCAGCGGUACAAAACACUCUGAAGACGGAGUUCGACUGGACUACCCUGGAGGACUCCAUGGAUCUGUGCAGGAUAGCAGUGAUGGGGCAUUCCUUUGGAGGAGCGACGGUUAUAGAAUCUCUGUGCAAAGAAGUUAAAUUCAAGUGUGGAAUAGCACUGGACGCCUGGAUGUUUCCUUUAGACGAUGAGAUCUUUCCACGUGUGAAGCAGCCGAUCUUCUUCAUCAACUCUGAGAAGUUUCAGUGGGCGGGAAACAUCAGCCGAAUGAAGAAGCUGGACUCUACAGUGAUACAGAGGAAAAUGAUUACCAUCAGAGGGACGGUGCACCAGAGCUUUCCAGACUUCACCUUCCUGACGGGGAACUGGAUUGGGAAGCUGAUGAAGCUUAAGGGAGAGAUCGACCCGGAACUCGCCAUUGACCUCUGCAACAAAGCAACCCUAGCUUUUCUGCAGAGACAUCUUGGCUUGGAGAAGAACUUCAACCAGUGGGACCCUCUGAUUGAAGGGGAAGACGACAACCUCAUUAAAGGAACUAACGUAGUCCUGCUUCAGUCUUCCAUAUGACCCCCAGCCCCCCCACAAGGACCUGACGGCGACCACUUCCCCCUCUGGAGUCAUUGCAGCGGUCCCUCAAACGCCAGGCCAGACUGAUGCGGCGUUUUCUGACAUUUUUUCUGACAUUCACCGAGGAUAACACGUCUACCUCAACACGAGCAAUGAUUCUGUGUCUCCUCCAGAGGAAGCACUCGGUACUGUUCCCGUUUUAUGGGGUCUGUGUGUUGAGUACAAGCAGCUCAGGACUUCCUGUUGCUCAAGCGACUGUUUUCUGAAGAAUUCUUGUGAUCAGUUUCUAAUUUGUUAAGGAAGAAAAAUUAAGAUCUUGAAGAAAUCCUGUGUGAGAAUCCUAACCCUCCAAUCACAGCAGCCGACUGAAGGCUUCAUUCUAACUGGGAGCAGCUCAUUAAAACACUAUGGAUCUUGGUUUGUUGCAAACAUGCCGUUUGUGACGCGUUUCCUCACUCCUGCAAUGAGUUUUCACAUAAUUUCUGCCUUUUUCUUUAGCUACAGCUAACAUGACUGCAACACAAUCUAUGGCUGAGGUUAACUGUAAUCACUAGUGCAAACAAGUCAUGCAAUCUUCAACAAAAACGAGUUACAUCUAUGACGAUGAAUUAAAACAACUAAUUAUUGAUCAUUUUUUGUUAAAGCGUUCACAGUGGUUUUAAUUAUGAUUAACAUUUUAAUCACAUUUUUUGCCAAAAUAAAGAAAAAAAUGUAUUUUCUAAGACGUAGUUUCUGCAGAGCGGCAGAGGUUGUUGUGGUCGGGGCAACACCGCCCCCACUUCCUGCUCCCGAGCGUUCACACAACUUCUGUAUUAAAGCGAGUUUUCAAUGAAUCAGAAGGAAAUCUCUGAGAUCAAUCCUGCUAAAAGCAAUAAGCUGAACUGUAAAAAAAAAAAUCUAAUGUCUUAUAGGAAGUGUGCUGCUUCUCAUAAUUACAUCAUUUCCUCCUCAGGUGCAUCUAAAGAGUUCCUCUCAUCUGAAUUUCCUGCAACACUUUUAUACAUUUGUACUUGAAUGAAAUAAACCUGGUUUGUAUGUUU